CUCCCUCUCUAUGGGUGCAGAUGGCAUUUCCUGAUUUCUCUUCUAGUUUCACUUUCAGAAAGUUUUCGGCUCAGACGACGUUCUCAGUCGGAUGGUAAAGUGAAUUUCGUGGGUUUGUGAGCAGCAUGGAUCAGCGUGAGGACAGAGAGGACAGAGUCCGUCCCUCUAAAGCGUCCCUGUGUGCAGGACACAAGGACAUCAGGAACCAACCAGAACCCAGAACAGAACCUGGAGCAGAACCCGGACCCGAACCUGGACCCAGCUGUGUGUCCUUUAAGAGCGACGGGUCAAAGGACAACCCACUUGUUAACUUUAAGAGACUAAAUAUCCCUGAAUCUGAAAAUGUCCAGAGGAUCUCGGGGGUUCCUGAAGAUGCAGCAUUCCCACAGCUGGACUCCAUAUUUAAGCUGCUGGAAAUCAAGAUUGUCUCUUUUGUGCAAAACGAGCUGAAGAAGAUCCACCAGGUUUUAUGUUCAAAUGAUCCUGAAUGCUUAACGUGUUCGAUGGAUGUUGAAGAUGAAGAGAAGAUCAGCAGAGAAGCUUUUCUGAAGAUUACCCAUCAAUUUCUGAGAAAUAUGAAGCAGGAGGAGCUGGCUGAUCAGUUUCAGAACAAAAUGUAUGGUGGAGUUCAUCAGCACCAUUUCAAAUACUCCCUGAAGAAGAAGUUCCAGUGUGUGUUUGAGGGAAUCACUAAAGCAGGAAGUCCAGCUCUGCUGAACCAGAUCUACACUGAGCUCUACAUCACAGAGGGAGGAACUGGAGAGGUCAACCAGGAACAUGAGGUCAGACAGAUUGAAACAGCAUCCAGGAAACAACACAGACCAGAAACAACGAUCAGACAAGAAGACAUCUUUAAAGUCCAACCUGGAAGAGAUCAACCAAUCAGAACAGUGAUGACUAAGGGAGUGGCUGGCAUUGGGAAAACUGUCUUAACACAGAAGUUCACUCUGGACUGGGCUGAAGACAAAACCAACCAGAACAUCCAGUUCAUAUUUCCAUUCACCUUCAGAGAACUGAAUGUGCUGAGAGAUAAAAAGUUCAGCUUGGUGGAACUGAUUCAUCGAUUCUUUACUGAAACCAAAGGAAUCUUUAGCUUUGAACAGUUCCAGGUUCUGUUCAUCUUUGAUGGUCUGGAUGAGAGUCGACUUGGUCUGGACUUCAACAACACUAAAAUAUUAACUGACCCUGAAAAGUCAACCUCACUGGAUGUUCUGGUGACAAACCUCAUCAGGGGUAAUCUGCUUCACUCUGCUCUCCUCUGGAUAACCACACGACCUGCAGCAGCCAAUCAGAUCCCACCUGGAUAUAUUGACAUGGUCAUAGAUAUCGGAGGUUUCAAUGACCCACAGAAGGAGGAGUAUUUCAGAAAGAGAUUCAGUGAUGAGGAACUGGCCAACAAGAUCAUCUCCCACAUCAAGGCAUCACCAACCCUCCAUAUCCUGUGUUAUAUCCCAAUCUUCUGCUGGAUCACUGCUACAGUUUUGGAGGAUAUAGAGAAAACCAGCAAGAGUAGAGGCCUGCCAAAGACCCUGACAGAGAUGUACAUCCACUUCCUGGUGGUUCAGACCAAAGUGAUGAAGGUCAAGUAUGAUGGAGGAUCUGAAACAGAUCCACACUGGAGUCCAGAGAGCAGGAAGAUGAUUGAGUCUCUGGGAAAACUGGCUUUUGAUCAGCUGCAGAAAGGAAACCUGAUCUUCUAUGAAUCAGACCUGACAGAGUGUGGCAUCGAUAUCAGAGCAGCCUCAGUGUACUCAGGAGUGUUCACACAGAUCUUUAGGGAGGAGAGAGGGCUGUACCAGGACAAGGUGUUCUGCUUCGUCCAUCUGAGUGUUCAGGAGUUUCUGGCUGCUCUUCAUGUUCAUCUGACCUUUACUGAACGUUGUGAGAACUUGAUGGACAAGAACACCUUUGUGGAAGAGCCUGAUCUAAAUGUUCUUUACCAGAGUGCUGUGGAGAAGGCCUUAGACAGUCUGAAUGGACACUUGGAUCUCUUCCUCCGCUUCCUUCUGGGUCUUUCUCUCCAGACCAACCAAUCUCUCCUUAAAGGCCUGCUUAAAUGGACCACAAAUAACUCACAGAGGAAUCAGCACACAGUCCAGUGCAUAAAGAAAUACACUGAAAAAUCUCUAUGCUUUGAGAAAAUGUUGUGUCUGUUCCACUGUCUGAAUGAAAUUAAGUAUAAUUCAGUAGUGGAGGAGAUCCAGCAGUACCUGACUUCAGGACGCCUCAGAACGCAGGACCUGUCUCCUGCUGAGUGGUCAGAUCUGGUCUCCAUCAUUCUGUCUUCAGAAAGUAAUCUGGAUGUCUUUGAACUCAAGAAUUAUGAUGAUUCAGAAAACGUUCUUCUGAUGCUGCUGCCAGUGGUCAAGGUCUCCAUUACAGCUCUACUGGCAGGUUGUGGGCUCUUUAGGAGAACAUGUGAGGCCUUGUCCUCCAUUCUCAGCGCCCCAACAUGUAGCAUAAUGGAGCUCGAUUUAAGUAACAACAAUCUGGAGGACUCUGGACUAAAUAUUCUGCUGCUUGGAGUGAAAAAUCUUGAUUGUAAACUGGAAAUUGUGAGAUUGAGUCGCUGCAACUUGUCCGAUAAAAGCUGUGAGAGCUUGUCGUCACUUUUCUGCUCCCGGCCUUGUAGUCUGAGAGAGCUGGACCUGAGCAGCAACAGCCUGCAGGACUCAGGAGUGAAGCAGCUGUGUGCUGGGCUGCAGAGUUCUCACUGCAAACUGGAAACUCUCAGACUUAGUCUCUGCUACCUGUCAGACAGAAGCUGCCAAGCCAUCUGCUUCAUCCUCUCUUCUCAAACUUCACUUUUGAGAGUCCUGGACAUGAGCAACAAUGACCUCCAGGACUCUGGAGUGCAGCUGCUGUGUGAGGGACUGCAGAGUCCAAACUGCAAGCUUGAGUCGCUCAGCUUGUCAGGCUGCAUGGUCACAGAGGAAGGCUGCGCUUCCCUGGCUUUAACUCUGAGCUCCAAGCCUUCAGCGCUGAAGCAACUGGACCUGAGUUACAAUCAUCCAGGAGAAUCAGGACUUAAGCUGCUGUCAACAGGCCUGGAUGACCCAAACUGGGGACUGGACACUCUCAGGGUGGAGCCUGCUGGAGUCCGAUGGUUGACUCCAGGUCUGAGGAAGUAUUCCUGUCAACUCACCGUCGACAGAAACUCAGUGACUGGAAACCUGAAACUUUCUGAAGACAACAUGAAGGUGACGCGUGUGGAAGAGAAGAUAUUUCCUGAAUAUGAGGAGUCUUACCAGCUGCUCUGUAGUAAUGGUCUUACUGGCCGUUGUUACUGGGAAGUCGAGUGGACAGGAGAGAUUGACGUGUCAGUAAACAGAGAAAGGAAAGAGGAAGAAAAGGACAGAGACUCUCCACUGGAACUGAUGGAUUUCAGCUGGAGUUUGGGAUGUUCUGAUACUGGUUACUCAAUUAGGAAGGAUAAUAACAAACUAUCUUUAGUAGCUUUCUCUGACCAGCCUGUUUCUCCAAAAGUAGCGAUGUACUUGGACUGUCCGGCUGGAACUCUGUCCUUUUUCAGCGUUGACUCAGAUUCUCUGAGCCACAUCCACACAUUCAACGCAGUGAUUGCAGAACCUCUUUAUGUUGGUUUGAACUUCUUUUUCACCAAUAGUGUCUCGUCUGUAAGAACCUCUACGGUGUGUGAGCUGAGCAGGAUGGAUCAGUGUGAGGAUGGAGAGGACGCAGUCCGUCCCUCUAAGAUGCCUCUCAGUGGGGGACAUGAGGACCAGAGGAAACAACCAGAACCAGAGACUGGAUCAGGACAAAGACGUGGGUCCCUGUGCAGUGACAAGUCAAAAGGUCGGCUCAUUGAUUUUAAACAAAGCCAGCCUUCUAGAAAGAGGGAGCAACCAGAACCAGAACCAGAACCAGACUCUGGAUCAGAACCAGACUCUGGAUCCAGCUCAGCCUCCCUACGCAGUGACUCAUCAAAGGAUCCGCUCAUAGUGGACCAGCAGAGCUCAGAGGUUCCCAGUGGUCCGUCUGCCCAGCAGCUUCAAACUGAGCUGGACUCCGUAUUUAUGGAGGUGGAACAAAACAUGUUCACUUUUAUGAAGGAAGAGUUAAAUACGUUUAAAACAUAUCUGAGUCCAUUUGGUUCAGAGUAUUUAGAGAGUCAGACGGAGGGUGAGGAUGAGGAGCACAGGAGGAAGAACAGAGAGCACUUACUUAACAUCACUGUGAACUUCCUGAGGAGGUCGAACCAGGAGGGUCUGGCUGCACGCCUGCACAACAGUUCUCCUGUCACCUGCCAAAGUAAUCUUAAGGCAAACAUGAAGAACACAUUUCAGCAGAUUUUUGAAGGGGUUCCUAAAGCUGGAAAAUCAAUGCAUUUGAGUCAGAUUUACACUGAGCUCUACAUCACAGAGGGAGGGACUGCAGAGGUCAACCAGGAACAUGAGGUCAGGCAGAUUGAAACAGCAUCCAGGAAACCACACAGACCAGAAACAGCAAUAAAACAAGAAGACAUCUUUAAGGCCCCACCGGGUAGAGAUUGGCCAAUCAGAACAGUGAUGACCAUGGGAGUUGCUGGCAUUGGGAAAACUGUCUUAACACAGAAAUUCACUCUGGACUGGGCUGAAGACAAAACCAACCAGAACAUCCAGUUCAUAUUUCCAUUCACCUUCAGAGAACUGAAUGUGCUGAAAGAGAAAAAGUUCAGCCUGGUGGAACUGAUUCAUCACUUCUUUACUGAAACCAAAGGAAUCUUUAGCUUUGAACAGUUCCAGGUUCUGUUCAUCUUUGAUGGUCUGGAUGAGAGUCGACUUGGUCUGGACUUCAACAACAAUCCGAUCCUGACUGAUGUUACAGAGUCCAGCUCAGUGGAUGUUCUGCUGACAAACCUCAUCAGGAGGAAACUGUUUCCCUCUGCUCUCCUCUGGAUAACCACACGACCUGCAGCAGCCAAUCAGAUCCCUGCUGAGUGUGUUGACAUGGUGACUGAGAUUAGAGGGUUCACCAACUCACAGAAGGAGGAGUACUUCAAGAAACGAUUCAAAGAUGCGGAGCAGGCCAACAGUAUCAUCUCCCACAUCAAGACAUCGCGAACUCUCCACAUCAUGUGCCGCAUCCCAGUUUUCUGCUGGAUCUCUGCUACAGUUCUGGAGGAUGUGAUGAAGACCACAGAAGGAGGAAAACUGCCGAAGACUCUGACAGAGAUGUACAUCCAAUUCCUGGUGGUUCAGACCAAAGUGAAAAAGGUCAAGUAUGAUGGAGGAUCUGAAACAGAUCCACCCUGGAGUCCAGACAACAAGAAGAUGAUUGAGUCUCUGGGAAAACUGGCUUUUGAUCAGCUGCAAAAAAGAAAUGUGAUCUUCUAUGAAUCAGACCUGACAGAGUGUGGCAUCGAUAUCAGAGCAGCCUCAGUGUACUCAGGAGUGUUCACACAGAUCUUUAGGGAGGAGAGAGGGCUGUACCAGGACAAGGUGUUCUGCUUCGUCCAUCUGAGUGUUCAGGAGUUUCUGGCUGCUCUUCAUGUUCAUCUGACCUUCAUCAACUCUGGAGUCAAUCUGCUUGAAGAAAAUCUGACAUUUCCCCAAAAAUCUAAAAGAGCAAAACAUGAAAAACAUCGGUUCUUCCAGAGCGCAGUAGACAUGGCCUUACAAAGUCCCAAUGGCCACCUGGACUUGUUCCUCCGCUUCUUUCUGGGUCUUUCUCUCCAGACUAAUCAGACUCUCUUGAAGGACCUGUUGACACGAGAAGAACCCAGCACAGAAACCACUGACGAAGCAGUCCAAUACAUAAAGAGGAAGAUGAGUGAAAAGUUGGCUGCUGACAAAAUCAUCAAUCUUUUUGACUGCCUAAGUGAAAUGAAUGACCUUGCCCUUGUUGAAGAAGUCCAAGAGUCUCUGAGUUCAGGACGUCUCUCCACAGAUAAGCUGUCUUCUGCCCAGUGGUCAGCUCUGGUCUUCAUCUUACUGUCGUCAGAAAAAGAUCUGAAUCUGUUUGACUUAAAGAAAUUCAUCAAUUCAGAUGAUGACUUUGCAAGGUUGCUACCAGUUCUUGAUGUGUCCAACAAAGCCCUAUUAAGUGUCUGUAACCUUUCGCCAAGCACAUGUACAACCCUUUCCACAGUUCUAAGUUCGCAGUCUUCUCAUUUGAGAGAGUUGGACUUGAGUAACAAUGACCUGACGGAUAAGGGAGUAACACUUCUAUGUGGAGGACUCGGAAGUGUACACUGCACUCUAACGACUCUAAGGCUGUCAGGCUGUCUGAUCACAGAGGAAGGCUGUGCUUCUCUGGCCUCAGCUCUGCACUCCAACCCCUUCCAUCUGAAGGAGUUGGACUUGAGCUACAACCAUCCAGGAGAGGAAGGGGUGAAGAAGCUGACUGUACAGGAUUCUAUCUGGAAACCAGAAAAACUGAGGAUGGAGCCUGCUGGUGUCCAAUGGUUGACACCAGGUCUGAAGAAGUAUUCCUGUCAACUCAACAUCGACACAAACACAGUGAACAGAAAACUCCAGCUGUCUGAGAACAACAGGAAGGUUACUGGUGUGGAUGAGAGUCAGUCCUACCCUGACCAUGAACAGAGAUUUGAUUACUGGCCCCAGGUUCUAUGCAAGGAAAGCCUUCCUGAUCGCUGUUACUGGGAGGUUAUUUGGAGUGGGAAGGUUGAGAUCUCUGUGAGCUACAGUGGAGUCCAACGUAAAGGAAGCAGUAAUGACUGUGAGUUUGGAUUUAACAACAUGUCCUGGAGUCUGAGCUGCUCCGAUGAGGGUCGUUAUUCUGUCUGCCAUCAGAACAAAAGGGAGUUCAUCUCCUCCUGCUCAUCUUCUGCUCCCUACCACAAAGUAGGAGUGUAUGUGGACUAUCCAGGUGGCACACUGUCCUUCUACAGAGUUUCUUCUGAAAUACCGAUCCAUCUCCAUACCCUCAAGACAGAAUUCACUCAACCUCUUUAUCCUGGUUUCGGGUUCUGGACGGGAUCUUCAGUCACUCUUUGUAUAAGCUCAUGUGAACUGAAUAGAAUGGAUGAAUGUAAGGACAGGAAAGAUGGACUCCUUCCAACUCUGCAAGAGGAACUUGAGAGUGAGAGAAAACCACCUGAGCCUGAACCCAGCUGUGUGUCUGCUAAGAGUAGUGGGUCAAAGGACAACCCAUUUAGCAACUUUAAAGCUCAUUUCGCUUUGAGACAUGAGAUUCGAGAAAGAUCAUAUACUACUGAAUCUGGACCUAAUCGUCUGUCUUUCAAGAGCAACUGGUCGAACGAUCACCCACUGGUCAAUUUUCAGAGACAAUCUGCCUCUAAACUGGAAGAGCAUCAACAGUCCUCAGACAUCUCCAGUGGUCAGUCAAACAAGAAUGACCAAACACAGCUGGACUCCAUAUUUAUGUUGCUUGAGGACCACAUUGUCACUUUUGUGAAGAAGGAGCUGCAAAAAAUUCAAAACGUUUUGAGUUUAGAUGACGCAGAAUUUUCAGUGAGUCAGACUGAUGGUGAGGAGGGCCUGGAGGAUGAAGAUGAAGAGCAGAAAAGGAGCAGUACAGAGGCUUUUGAGAAGAUCACAUUGUACUUCCUAAGGAGAAUGAAGCAAGAUAAUUUGGCCAACUGUCUACAGAGCAAACUUUUCGCUGCACUUUGUCAUCAAACACUUAAAUGUGGUCUGAAGAAGAAGUUCCAGUGUGUGUUUGAGGGGAUCGCUAAAGCAGGAAGUCCAACCCUGCUGAACCAGAUCUACACAGAGCUCUACAUCACAGAGGGAGGAACUGGAGAGGUCAACCAGGAACAUGAGGUCAGACAGAUUGAAACAACUUCUAGAUCAACAGAUAGGCCAGAAACAACCAUCAGACGAGAAGACAUCUUUUUAGUCCAAUCAGGAAGAGAUCAACCAAUCAGAACAGUGAUGACAAAGGGAGUGGCUGGCAUUGGGAAAACAGUCUUAACACAGAAGUUCACUCUGGACUGGGCUGAAGAGAAAGCCCACCAGAACAUCCAGUUCAUAUUUUCAUUUAAUUUUAGAGAACUUAAUUUGCUGAAAGAGAAAAAGUUCAGCUUGGUGGAACUGAUUCAUCACUUCUUUCCUGAAACCAAAGGAAUCUUUAGCUUUGAACAGUUCCAGGUUCUGUUCAUCUUUGAUGGUCUGGAUGAGAGUCGACUUGGUCUGGACUUCAACAACAAUCCGAUCCUGACUGAUGUUACAGAGUCCAGCUCAGUGGAUGUUCUGCUGACAAACCUCAUCAGGAGGAAACUGCUUCCCUCUGCUCUCCUCUGGAUAACCACACGACCUGCAGCAGCCAAUCAGAUCCCUGCUCAGUGUGUUGGCAUGGUGACAGAGGUCAGAGGGUUCACUGACCCACAGAAGGACCAGUACUUCAGGAAGAGAUUCAGCGAUGAGGAACAGGCCAACAUCAUAAUUUCCAGCAUCAAGACAUCACGAAGUCUCCACAUCAUGUGUCACAUCCCAGUUUUCUGCUGGAUCACUGCUACAGUUCUGGAGGAUGUGCUGAAACCACAAAAUGGAAAACAGCUGCCUAAGACCCUGACUGAGAUGUACAUCCACUUUGUGGAAGUUCAGGCUAAAGUGAAGAAGGUCAAAUAUGAUGGAGGAUCUGAAACAGAUCCACACUGGAGUCCAGAGAGCAGGAAGAUGAUUGAGUCUCUGGGAAAACUGGCUUUUGAUCAGCUGCAGAAAGGAAACCUGAUCUUCUAUGAAUCAGACCUGACAGAGUGUGGCAUCGAUAUCAGAGCAGCCUCAGUGUACUCAGGAGUGUUCACACAGAUGUUUAAAGAAGAGAGAGGGCUGUUCCAGGACAAGGUGUUCUGCUUCGUCCAUCUGAGUGUUCAGGAGUUUCUGGCUGCCCUUUACGUUCAUCUAUCAUUUGUUAAACAUGGCAUUAACCUGCUGGAAGAAAAACACAAUUUACUUAAUUGGUCUUCACUUUUUAAACAUCCGAAACAACAACAUUUACAUCAGAUCGCUGUGGACAAGGCUUUAGAAAGUCCAAAUGGUCACCUGGACUUAUUUCUCCGUUUUCUCCUGGGUCUUUCAGUGCAGACCAACCAGACUCUCCUACGAGGCCUGCUGACUCAGACAGGAAGCAGCUCUCAUGCCAAUCAGAAAAUAAUUCAGUACAUCAAAGACAAAAUCAGUGAGAAUCAGUCUGCAGAGAAAAGCAUCAAUCUGUUCCAUUGUCUGAAUGAACUGAAUGAUCAUUCUUUAGUAGAGGAGAUCCAACAGUCUCUGAGUUCAGGAAGUCUCCCCACUGGUCAAUUGUCUCCAGCUCACUGGUCAGCUCUGGUCUUCAUAUUAUUGUCAUCAGAAAAAGAUCUGGAUAUAUUUGACCUCAAGAAAUACUCUGCUUCUCAGGAGGCUCUUCUGAGAUUGCUGCCGGUUGUCAAAGCGUCCAAAAAAGCUCUACUGGGUGACUGUAACCUUUCAGAAAGAAGCUAUGAGGCUCUGGCCUCAGUCCUCUGCUCUGACUCCUCUAACCUGAGAGAGUUGGACUUGAGUAACAACAACCUGCAGGACUCAGGAGCAGAGCAGCUGUUGUCUGGACUAAAGAGUCCAUACUGCAAACUAGAAAUCCUCAGCCUCAGGUCCUGUAAUCUCUCUCUGAGAACGUGUGAAGCUCUGUCAUUCAUUCUGAGCUCCCAGUCCUGUUGCCUGACAGAAGUUGACCUACGUAACAACAACAACCUACAGGACUCGGAGGAAAAGAUGCUUGCUGGUGAAAUGAAAAUUUCCAAUUUUAUGCUUGAAAUUUUUAGGGAACCUGCUGGAGUCCGAUGGUUAAAACCGGGUCUGAGGAAGUAUUCUUGUCCGCUCAUAAUCGACACAAACACAGUGAACGGAAAACUCCAGCUGUCUGAAGACAACAGGAAGGUGACCCUUGUGAAGGAGCUUCAGUCUUACAGCCAACAUCCAGACAGGUUUGAUGACUGGCCUCAGCUACUGUGCAGUAAUGGGCUGACUGGUCGCUGUUAUUGGGAGGUUGAGUGGGAAGGAGGGGUUUUUAUAUCAGUGAGUUACAGAAGAAUCAGCAGGAAGGGCCGCAGUGAUGAUUGUGUGCUGGGAUGGAAUGAUCAGUCCUGGAGUCUGCACUGCUCUGAUGACCGUUACUCCGUCUGUCACAAUAACAGAGGAACACCCAUCUCCUCCUCCUCUCCCUCCUCUGUCGCUAACAGAGUAGCAGUGUAUGUGGACUGUCCUGCUGGCUUUCUGUCCUUCUACAGAGUCUCCUCUGACUCCCUGAUCCACCUCCACACCUUCAAUCACACAUUCACUGAACCUCUCUACCCCGGAUUUGCAGUCUGGUCUUCUGGUUCCUCAGUGUGUCUGUUAAAUUGAGCAGGAAGACAAAAAAUAAAAUAGCCGCUCAGAGAAAAACUCUCUCAACAAAUAAUGGAGUUUGUGCUUGUCUCUGUUUUUCAUUAUGAUACAAUCUUUGAAUUAAUGUUACUUUUUGAAAGUCUAGAAAUUAUUGCUGUUUGUAAGAAAAAACAAUUCUUAGCAUCUUUUAAAGGUGAACUCUUACCACUAAUAACAUUAUUCUUAUGUUGUUUUUUAUAUUUCUUGUAAAUAAUAUGUGUAUCAACUAGUUAUGCAUGCUAUAAAUCUUU